CUCGUUUGCAACAACACAAAAAAACACAACACACCAAUUACAUCGACCAUAUGGCUCACGGCGGGCCUCAGCGUCAAGAUGCCGAGAGGAGCGAGAGGAAGUAAGGGGAACGUCGUGGCACAGAGAGCAAGAAGAGCUGCCAGAAAACGCGCAGCAGAGGCUCAGCUAGUACUUGCUGCUAGAGAGUGCGUCGCACGUGCAGCUAUACCCCCACCCUCGACGCCAGAAGUGGUAAAUCCGGCCAAUCCAGCUGGUCAUCAGGCCCGAAAACCGCCAAGGAAGACUCCCCAGAUUUUUAUAACUCGAGACCGUGCGCCAAAAUCGCGAAGCGUGUACUCACUCAGAGAACUGGCUAUAGAAGCAGGUCAAAAGCGAACGGCAGAGCAAGCGCAUCUAGAGCUUGCGAAUAGAGAAAAGCGCCGAAGGGACCUUGCAGCCACCUCAUCCUCUGGACAAGCAGUGCAAAACCUUACUCCAAACCCAGCUGUUCAGGUACAGGCUAAGUCAUCAGAGCAAGACCGCUUGGGAAUUGUAGACCGAGAACAACACGAUCGGAGACCGAUAGUUGCACCCCCACGUAGAGAUUCAGCUGUGGAUCCAGUUCAAAAAGAGACGACGAACCAAGGGCAGCUAGGAUCCGCAGCCAGCGGGCAAGCGGCCGACAUAGCACUACUUCUAAACGUAGCAGUUGAGAGUCCCGCAAGAACUCUGGGCAGGCGUAUAUCGAAUAUCCAGUUGAACUCUCGUUCUGAGAACAUGACUGGGGGAUCUUUCCUUCCACAGCAAGUUGCGGACGGUGAUGCGGCAAAACUAGAUAAAGACAUUCUAGCCGCAGCUAUCUUCGCUCCCGCCCCACCCUUCGAUAAGGAUGAGGAAGGUCUACAAGACAGAGAUGAUUUCCUACGAGACGCUAUCGCGAAUGUAGAAGUCCAUCACGAGAAAGUUCGGGCCAAUAUCGUAGCGUCGUGGUCCACACAAAAUCAGGACGUAGAACGCCAGCUCGAGAGCGUCCUUAACGCUACGUGCCAACCUGAGGACGACGAAAAGGCUGCACGCAUCGCGACCAUGCUAGCAAACAUCAGCACACCAUACAAAGUUGAAGACGGCUCAAGCACGUUGAUACUUAUCGGCGAGCUCUGGAUAGGAGAGGUAGCCUUAGAGGAAGCGGUGGUGUUGAUUCUAGAAGGACCAGCCACGGAGAUAUCGUUAUGGGCGAGUCACCAAUCUCUAGGCCGGGAAGUACCAUCCCUAUUCCCACUGUACGAGGAGGUAUGAACGCUGCAGCAAUCAACGGAGGCGAUACUGUGAUGGGCGGGACGGACGAAGCUUUGGCGCCACCUCCGCCACCACCCGCUCUUAAGGACACGUACCACCACGAUGCUUCGAGGGAUCCCAGAUUGAUGAAAUGAAUGACCUCGCUGGUUCUCCCUAUGCGGGAUUGUGGAACUUGCAAAGUUGAAAAGCAGCUCUCUGCCAUGGUCACGUAACGCCCAAAUCUUGGAAACAUUGGAGAUUUGGCUCUGUCGGCGUCGCUUCAUCAUCCAGU